AUGGUUCCACGUGUACUCCAAAUUUGUUCCACUUAUACAUUCUUAGCAGCUGAAUUUGAUGAAAUACGAACAAUUGAUUUAGAAAAUAAUUAUCCAACAUCAGUUAUUAAUACUAUUAUUGGAACAAAAUUAAGUCAACAUCGCAAAAAGAAUGAACACAAAUCAAAUUUAACAAUAGCUGGAUUUGGUGAUAAAUUUAUAUUUGUUGAAAUCCCAUUUAUUAGAUGUUCAACAUCAGGCUUAAAGCAAAAAAUCGUAUAA